CCGCACCAGCUUUCCCUUCCCUCGGAAAAACACACAAUCAUCGCUGGACGGCGAGGUCGCGCGCGAUAAUUUUCCCAUUUUUAACGCAAAGACGAAGAUGUCAGAGCCUCAGUGCAAAAGAAGCAAGAUGACCAGCUCGCUGGAACAGCUGAAGGCUUUGACCACGGUGGUGGCCGACACCGGGGAUUUCGAAGCAAUGAAAAACUACAAACCGACCGACGCCACCACCAACCCCUCCCUAAUCCUGGCCGCCUCCGCCCUCCCCCAGUACAAACACCUGGUGCAGAAGGCCGUGCAAUACGGCAACAAGGUGGGCCAAACCACCGAGGAAAAGCUGGAAAAUGCGAUGGACCUACUGUGUGUCCUUUUCGGCGUGGAAAUUCUGAAAAUCGUCCCUGGACGCGUCUCGACUGAAGUCGACGCUCGAUUAUCCUUCGACAAGGAAGCGAGUAUCGCGAAAGCGAAAAAGCUGAUCCAGCUUUACGCCGACCACGGGAUCGCCAAAGAGCGCGUUUUGAUCAAACUGGCCUCCACCUGGGAGGGCAUCCAGGCUGCGCGCGAGCUGGAGCAGAAGCACGGAAUCCACUGCAAUCUCACCCUUUUGUUCAACUUUGCCCAAGCAGUGGCGUGUGCCGAGGCCGGGGUGACCCUAAUUUCGCCCUUUGUGGGGCGCAUCCUCGACUGGAACAUCGCCAACACUGAUAAGAAAUCCUACACGGGGGACGAGGACCCGGGGGUGGUGUCCGUCACCAAGAUUUACAAUUAUUACAAGAAGUUUGGGUACAAGACGGUGGUUAUGGGGGCGUCGUUCAGGAACAUUGAGGAGAUUAAGGCAUUGGCCGGGUGUGACUUGUUGACGAUCAGUCCCAAGCUUUUGGGGGAGUUGGAGGCGUCGGGCGACCCCGUCCCCAGGAAGUUGUCGCCGGAAAACGCCGCCAAACAGCCGCUGGAGAAGAUCGCGCUGACUGAAUCGACCUUCAGGUGGAUGCUCAAUGAGGAUAAAAUGGCCACGGAUAAGCUGUCGGAAGGGAUCAGGAAUUUCGCAGCCGAUAGUGUCAAGUUGGAGAAUACGAUCAAAACGCAACUGAAAGCGUCUCCGAAAAAAUAAGCACGAUUGCAUUCCUUUGUAACGUUUUAUAUUGUGUCUAAGUUGAAAAUAUAUAAAUUUAAUGCUU